AUGCAUGACCCGAACAGAUGUCUAGCAGAGGAGGUGAAAGAAGUGCCGAAUCCAUCGGCACAGAGCCGACCAGGGCAGAUCAACCGCCGCCUUGCUUCAGAAUCCUCUUCAUCAAUUGUCUGUGGAGCGAAUUUGUCCGAGACUGACUGGUUCUCAACGGAUGAGGUGGCUUCAGUAGAUCUACUCAGAUCCAUCGUAGCCAUGAGAGGAAAGAAAGACGUCCAAGGGUGGCUUGUAAGAAAGGGCUUCUGCAAAAUAGUCACUAGGACAGGCCUUUAUUAUUUGAAGAAAAAGAAACCAAAAAGCAUGAAAUAUAGAACUAACAAAAACAUUUCCUUUUUCUCUUCACAAAAGCUCGUGACACUACUUACUUGCAAUAAAUAUUCCAUAGAAAAUGGUGAUCUUUGGUUAGAGCUAGUGGAAAAGCGUGAAAAUGACUCCGAUUGCGCAGCACAAUUCUGA